GCGACUACAACUAGCCAGAGGACAAACAACUGGAUGUCUUGGACUAAAGUGAAGGAAGGCUGCUGACUUGAUUUGAAUUUGACUUAUUUUGUUAGAGCUCAUGAUUAGCUUCGAUCAACGAUAACAAACAUAGAUUUCUCAUCAAAAGGAAACGUGUAGAUGAGCCAUCAUGCCGUCUGGAUCAGUGAAAUUGCACAGCAUUAAAAAACUGGGACAGGAGAACAACAGCUAUGAAGAAGAAGAACCAGCUGGCUCCUAUGCGAACAACACAACUUCCAAGGCUGAUAAAGAUGAUGGAAAGGAGGAGCAACCGGCGAUACGGGUCGGCUUCUUUCAGCUGUUCCGUUACGCCAGCUGCAACGAGGUGCUGAUGAUGGUGAUGGGGAGCGUCUGCGCGGUGCUGCACGGCUCGGCGCAGCCCCUCAUGCUGCUGGUGUUCGGCCUGCUCACCGACACCUUCAUAGAAUACGACAUCGAGCUCAACGAGCUGAAAGACGAGAGGAAGGAGUGUGUGAACAACACCAUCCAGUGGAAGAACCACACUGGCAUGAACCAGUCAGAAUGGGCUAUAACGGACAAUAAAAUAAUCCCAUGUGGGAUUCUCGACAUUGAAUAUGAGAUGACCAAUUUUGCCUUGUAUUACGUUGGAAUUGGAGCAGCGGUGUUUGUGCUGGGAUACUUUCAGAUCUCCCUGUGGGUGAGGUCGGCUGCCAGGCAGAUCCAGCUCAUCAGGAACCUGUACUUCAGACAGGUGAUGAGGAUGGAGAUCGGCUGGUUCGACUGCACCUCUGUGGGGGAGCUCAACACCCGCAUGUCAGAUGACAUCAACAAGAUCAACGAUGCCAUUGCGGAUCAAGUCGCCAUCUUCCUUCAGCGCUUCACCACCUUCGUGUGUGGCUUCUGCGUUGGCUUUGUGAAGGGAUGGAAGUUAACGCUAGUUAUUGUGGCAGCGAGCCCACUGAUCGGUGUUGGAGCAGGUCUCAUGGCCCUGUUUGUAGCUAAGCUAACGGGGAUGGAGCUUCAGGCCUACGCUAAAGCUGGAGCUGUAGCAGACGAGGUCCUCACCUCCAUCAGGACUGUGGCUGCUUUUGGUGGGGAGGCAAAGGAAGUGCAGAGGUACGACAGGAACCUGAUCUCAGCGCAGCGCUGGGGCAUCAGGAAGGGUCUGAUCAUGGGGUUCUUCACUGGAUACAUGUGGCUGAUCAUAUUUCUGUGCUAUGGGCUGGCCUUUUGGUAUGGCUCCAGCCUCGUGUUGGAUACCGCAGAAUACACACCAGGAACACUACUGCAGGUGUUCUUUGGUGUUCUGAUAGCAGCCCUGAAUCUGGGACAGGCCUCCCCGUGCCUGGAGGCUUUUGCUUCAGGACGUGGAGCUGCCACCAUCAUCUUUGAGACUAUUGAGAGAGAGCCGGAGAUUGAUUGUCUCUCUGAGGCUGGAUAUAAGCUGGAAAAGGUGAAAGGAGAUAUUGAGUUUCACAAUGUGACCUUCAACUACCCCUCCAGACCGGAUGUCAAGAUCCUGGACCAGCUCAGUGUUGCAGUGAAGUCGGCGGAGACCACAGCCUUUGUGGGUCCGAGUGGAGCUGGUAAAAGCACGGCUAUUCAGCUCAUCCAGCGCUUCUACGACCCUAAAGAGGGCAUGGUGACCCUGGACGGGCAUGACAUCAGAGGGCUGAACAUCCAAUGGCUGCGCUCGCUGAUCGGCAUCGUGGAGCAGGAGCCCGUGCUGUUCGCCACUACCAUCGCUGAGAACAUACGCUACGGCCGGCCCGACGUCCCCAUGGAGGACGUCAUCGGUGCUGCCAAACAGGCCAACGCAUACAACUUCAUCAUGGACCUGCCACAGAAAUUUGACACCUUGGUCGGGGCGGGUGGAGGUCAGAUGAGCGGCGGUCAGAAGCAGCGUAUUGCCAUCGCUCGAGCUCUGGUCAGGAAGCCUCGGAUCCUGCUGCUGGACAUGGCAACCUCUGCCCUCGACAACGAGAGUGAGGCUACAGUUCAAGAAGCUUUGGAUAAAGUACGUACGGGGCGCACCACCAUCUCCAUCGCUCACCGGCUGUCCACCAUAAAGAACGCUGAUGUGAUCGUGGGCUUUGAGCACGGCCGGGCUGUGGAGAGUGGCAAACACAACGAGCUGCUGGAAAGGAAGGGGGUCUACUUCACUCUGGUCACCCUGCAGAGCCAAGGGGACAAGGCUCUGAAUGAGAAGGCUAGACAAAUGGUUGUCGAGGAUGAAGUACCAGAGAAGCUGAAUCUGUCCAGAGCAGGCAGCUACCGGGCCAGCUUGAGAGCCUCUAUCCGCCAGCGUUCUCGAUCGCAGCUGUCCAAUCUGAUCCCAGAGUCUUCUGUUUCAAUCGCUGGAGAGCUUGGCCCCAGAGCCUACGCUGUGUCACAGCCAGACAAAUCCAAGGAGGACAUCGCAGAAGAGGAGGAGGAAUUUGUGGAGCCUGCUCCUGUUACCAGGAUCCUGAAGUACAACGCACCCGAGUGGCCUUAUAUGCUUUUUGGAUCCUUUGGGGCCGCCAUAAACGGAGGAGUGAACCCGGUGUACUCUCUCCUGUUCAGUCAAAUCCUGGCGACAUUCUCCCUGACGGAUAUUGUGGCUCAGAGGAAGGAGAUCGAUGGUAUCUGUGUGUUCUUUGUCAUGGUCGGCGUGGUCUCUUUCUUCACCCAGAUGCUGCAGGCCUAUGCUUUCUCCAAGUCUGGAGAGCUGCUGACCCGCAGGCUACGUCGUCUGGGCUUCCAAGCCAUGCUGGGCCAAGAGGUGGGCUGGUUUGAUGAUCACAAGAACAGCCCCGGAGCUCUGACCACGCGCCUGGCCACUGAUGCCUCACAAGUUCAAGGAGCCACAGGCUCGCAGAUCGGCAUGAUCGUGAACUCUCUGACAAACAUUGGCGUGGCCAUCCUCAUGUCCUUCUACUUCAGCUGGAAGCUCACGAUGCUCAUCCUGUGCUUCCUGCCCUUCAUCGCCCUGUCAGGGGCAUUCCAGGCUAGGAUGCUAACGGUGUUCGCCAAGCAGGACAAGGAGGCGAUGGAGACCGCCGGACAGAUUUCCGGCGAGGCAUUGAACAACAUCCGUACCAUCGCCGGCCUGGGGAAAGAGAAGACUUUUGUGGAGCUGUACGAGGCGCAGCUACACGCUCCGUACGAGGCGGCCCUGAAGAAAGCAAAGGUGUAUGGAGUCUGCUACGGCUUCUCACAGUGCGUCGUGUUCCUAACCAACUCCGCCUCCUACAGGUUCGGAGGUUACUUGGUGCAACAUGAGGGGCUCCAUUUCAGCUUGGUGUUCAGGGUCAUCUCAGCCAUCGUCACCAGUGGCACUGCCCUGGGCCGAGCCUCGUCUUACACACCGGACUACGCCAAGGCCAAGAUCUCAGCCGCUCGUUUCUUCAAGCUGCUGGACCGCGUGCCUCAGAUCAGCGUCUACAGCGAUAAGGGAGAUAAAUGGGAUAACUUCAAGGGGAACCUUGAGUUCAUUGACUGUAAGUUCACCUACCCCACCAGGCCAGACAUCCAGGUCCUGAAUGGGCUGAAUGUGUCGGUGAAGCCGGGCCAGACGCUGGCCUUCGUGGGCAGCAGCGGCUGUGGGAAGAGCACCAGCGUCCAGCUGCUGGAGAGGUUCUACGACCCGGACCACGGGCGAGUGCUGAUAGAUGGCCAUGAGUCGACGGGUGUCAGCGUGCCCUUCCUGCGCUCUAAGAUUGGCAUCGUGUCCCAGGAGCCCAUCCUGUUCGACUGCAGCAUCGAAGAGAACAUCAAGUACGGCGACAACUCGCGGGAAAUCAGCAUGAACGAGGUCAUCUCUGCCUCCAAGAAAGCCCAGCUCCACAGCUUCGUCAUGGCGCUUCCUGAGAAAUACCAGACGAACGUUGGAGCCCAGGGAUCUCAGCUGUCUCGCGGUCAGAAGCAGCGCAUCGCCAUCGCCCGGGCGAUCAUACGUGACCCGAAGAUCCUGCUGCUGGACGAGGCCACCUCUGCCCUGGAUACGGAGAGCGAGAAGACAGUGCAAGAGGCGCUGGACAAAGCCAGAGAAGGUCGGACCUGCAUCGUCAUCGCACAUCGCCUCUCCACCAUCCAGAACUCUGACAUCAUCGCCGUCAUGUCCCGGGGCUACGUGAUUGAGAUGGGGGCGCACGACCAGCUCAUGGCCCUGAAGGGAGCCUACUACAAGCUGGUUACCACGGGAGCCCCAAUCAGCUAACUGCUCAGGGAAACGGUCGCCAAUCGGCUAAAGAGAAACAAAUGUUAGGAGUGUUAUGGUCAACAGGGAACAUGUAAGGAAGGAAUGAAGUAUUUAUUUUUGGGAUGGGAUUCUGUUAUGUGUACAGCAAUUUUAUGAAUCUCAAACCCUAUUUUGGGGUAUUUUAAGACGAUGUUGUCCUGCUAUGUUGGCAAUUGUUUCUAUUACAUUUGUAGAAUUCCCCACAGUGUACUGCCCCAAACCAGCCCUUUGGUUGUCUAUAAUGUAUGUAAGUUGGAAUCUUGACCAAUAUUAAUAGAGUUUCAUUAUGAAUGAUGAAUUAUAUCAAUAAUUAAUUUAGCUGGAAUAUUAUUUAUAUAUUUCAAGUCCAAAUACAACACAGUUAUACCUCUACUGAUGGAUAUCCUUCACUGUACUCUUGCUGAAAUAAAGAAAUCUACUCUUUUUGCUGAGAGAGAUACAAAUAAUUAAAUAUUUAAUAUAACAUGUCAUCAAGAGUUUUUGGACGAAAGACAUACAGGAAGCAUUAGGAAAUACACAAAUAUAACAUAUGGGACCUAAGUAAAGGAUUAAUGUAUAUUUAUAUUCAUUUUCAUCAAAAGGGCUACGGUUUUAAUUAACACCCAGGACACACAUUCCUUUGACAGAAGCCUUAUACAUUUUCACACAUUCAAAAAUAUUAGCUUUCAGUUCACACUAGGCUUCAUUAACAGCAAAAAUAUAUUAACAUAUCUUUGAAAUGAUCAAGGGUUUUUAAAAAGCUUGCAAAUCUGCUGUCACAACCUUAUAUAUACAGUCUAUGCCAUGGUCACAACGCUAGUUCAAGCCACUAGUUAUCAAACAGAGUGGAAUCAUGGGGAAACAGCUAGACAGUCGCUGUCUCAGGGAUAAAAUCAUUUGUUUACCAGCACCUUUAAAGCUCGCUGUUCCGGCUACAGCACAUGUCCAAAGUAAUAUUAUCAGUAUUUUGUUUUUAGAGAUGCUACGUUGAACAGUGCCAUCUGCUUCCCCCUGAUUCCAGUCUUUAAGCUAAGCUAAUGACCUGCUAGUUUUACCUAUCUUUCGAUCCAACUGUCAGCAAAAAAAGUGAAUAUGUAUUUCCCACAAUGUCAAAUGUCAGUUUUCAAUGUUUUUGUAUUGUUUGUGAAU